GUAGAACUAGCAAGUACGCAUUCAUCACGUCGCCAUUCGUCAGGGAGAAUUCCGUAUAUUCACAAGGUCGGACAGCCUCCUAAGCAAAGCCUCUUGGCGGAAUUCACCUCUACUGUGAAGGAAACCUUCUUUUCCGAUGAACCUUUGCGCUCUUUCAAGGAUCAACCAAUAUCGAAAAAGUUCAUUCUUGGAAUCCAAGCAAUCUUUCCAAUCUCUAGAUGGGCGAGGGAGUACACUCUUGCCAAAUUCAAAGGGGAUCUCAUUGCUGGCCUAACCAUUGCAAGUCUUUGUAUUCCUCAGGAUAUUGGAUACGCAAAGCUUGCCUAUUUGGAUCCUAAAUAUGGAUUAUAUAGUAGCUUUGUCCCACCUCUAGUUUAUGCCUUCAUGGGCAGCUCAAGAGAUAUAGCCAUCGGGCCAGUAGCUGUGGUCUCUCUCCUGCUUGGAGAUCUGCUGCAGAAUGAGAUUGACCACGAAGAUGUCGUUCCCUAUCGACGUCUUGCGUUUACCGCUACAUUCUUUGCCGGUGUCACUCAGCUGGCUCUUGGGUGUCUCAGGUUGGGUUUCUUGAUUGACUUUCUAUCUCAUGCUGCAAUUGUCGGGUUCAUGGGUGGAGCUGCCAUUACAAUUUCCCUUCAGCAGCUCAAAGGUUUGCUUGGCAUAAAGAAAUUCACAAAGAAGACUGAUAUUGUUUCGGUGAUGCGCUCGGUAUUUAAAGUGGCGCACCAUGGGUGGAACUGGCAGACUAUAGUUAUAGGAGUCACCUUUUUGGCUUUUCUUCUGCUUGCCAAAUACAUAGGAAAAAAGAAGAAGAAGUUCUUUUGGGUGCCUGCAAUUGCUCCUAUGAUAUCUGUUGUUGUGUCGACAUUUUUUGUAUAUAUAACCCGUGCCGAUAAAGAUGGUGUUCAAAUUGUGAAACAUAUCGACAAGGGCAUAAAUCCACCAUCAGCUGAUCAAAUAUACUUCAGUGGAGAGUAUCUUACCAAGGGCUUUAGGAUUGGUGUUGUGGCGGGUAUAAUCGCCCUGACGGAAGCUAUAGCAAUUGGAAGAACUUUUGCUGGUAUGAAAGACUAUCAGAUAGACGGAAACAAAGAAAUGGUGGCACUAGGAACAAUGAACAUUGUUGGUUCAAUGACAUCUUGUUAUGUAGCUACAGGUUCUUUCUCUCGAUCUGCGGUGAACUACAUGGCAGGCUGCAACACUGCUGUGUCCAACAUCGUCAUGUCUUGUGUUGUGUUCCUGACACUUGAGUUCAUCACUCCUCUAUUCAAGUACACGCCCAAUGCAAUUCUCGCCUCUAUCAUUAUUGCCGCCGUGGUUAGCCUGUUUGAUAUUGAGGCUGCAAUUCUCAUAUAUAAGAUCGACAAAUUCGACUUCCUUGCUUGCCUCGGAGCCUUCCUUGGCGUCGUCUUCUUUUCUGUUGAGAUAGGUCUACUGAUCGCGGUUUGUUUGUCUUUUGCCAAAAUUAUCUUGCAAGUCACAAGGCCAAGAACUGCAAUACUAGGAAAGCUACCGAGAACUGAUAUAUACAGGAACAUCCAACAGUACCCAGAUGCAGCAAAGAUUCCUGGAGUUGUGAUUAUUAGAGUUGAUUCUGCAAUUUAUUUCUCCAACUCUAACUAUAUUAGAGAGAGAAUAUUGAGGUGGGUUACUGAUGAAGAAGAGCAUUUUGCGGAAAAUAAUCUACCAAGAAUCCAAUAUGUUGUUGUGGAGAUGUCACCUGUUACUGACAUUGACACAAGUGGAAUCCAUGCUUUGGAAGAUUUGUAUAGGGCUCUUCAAAAGAGAGAAAUUCAGCUUGUUUUAGCAAAUCCAGGACCAGUUGUAAUCGACAAGCUUCAUGAAUCCAAGUUUUCCGAGGUGAUUGGAGAGAGUAACAUCUUUCUUUCUGUGGCCGAUGCUAUUCAUACUUUUGCUCCCAAGACUCUAACCGAAGAACCAUAG